AGAAAUAUUUGUGUUCAAAACGUUCUUCGAAUGAUUAAUGAAAAAUUAACUUUUUAAACAUUUCUGUGUUGAAACAUUUUAAAACAAACUGUUUUUACGAAACAGGACAAAAUGUUUUCAGUACAUAAAAAACAGCUGACAUUUUUUAAUAAUAAACCAGUGUAACUUUUCUGUUAAAAAUGUUUGAACGUGUUCAAUCAACAAUAUAAGAGCGAAGCCGGGUGUGUGAAAUGUGUACAUAAAGUUUGUAACCAAGCAACAUGGCUAGGGACGGUGACCUGCCGACUAUAUUUAACCCCAAGCGAGUUCGCGCGCCAUCCGUGAUAAUAACUAGUGAGGAGGUAGUGGAAAGCGAGCGGGGGGCUGGCGAUGCAGACCGGGAGCGGCCUAACGGGCCUCCAACACCGCUAAGCCCGCGCGCACCGUUAACCCCGCAAACAUCGGUCUCAUCAGCACCCCCGCUCACCAGCCAACCUUCGCUCCAGCAGGCUUUCAGCGAAUCCGCCGCCAGCAGUCAAGAUGAAGAGCGCCAACUCCGUGACAAAAAAUGCCCCAGAUCGUGUUGCUCAAAGUUCGCUAAAAAGAUCUACUAUGGCAUCUGUAUCAUGCUUAUCAUCACCGCGUCCUGGGUGACCACAACACACUGCAUCAAGUACAUGUAUCUGCAGGAAUACCCACCUUACAGCUAUGGAAUUGUCUACACUACCGACUCUACCACCAUACCUUACAAUAACUUCACGUCUAGGGUACGCACACAUAACUUCUACAACGCACCAUUUUUCACGGCGUGGUUCUGCACUAACUUUUUGACAUUCUACUACCCUCUCUACUUGCUAGUUGUGCUUAUAAAUAACAAAUGUAAAGCAGCUAACGACAUUGUCUAUGAGGCUUUUAGUGAAUUCAAGGAUAAGGGAUUUACUUUUGCCCGCUUCUUAAGCCGUUGCGGUCUCUUCUGCCUGUUGUGGGUGGUUACCAUCUACAUGUACACAUAUUCGCUGAAGAUCCUUCUCUCUACUGACGUGGUGGUUCUCUUUGCUACAAACGUCUCAUGUAUAUACCUUCUAUCUUGGGUUAUACUGCAUGAGCAAUUUGUAGGUGUCAGGAUAGUGGCAGCGAUUCUGUGCGACACGGGAAUUGCAUUGCUCGCGUACAUGGACGGCAUCACGGGCAGCUCUACCCUCGGUGGGGUUGUACUAGCCGCCUGCGCAGCGGCCGGCUUCGCCAUAUUCAAGGUGCUGUUCAGAAAAGUAAUGGGCGAAGUGAACUCCGGUCAGCGAGCGUUAUUCUUUUCCAUCUUGGGUAUUGUGAACGCAUCGUUAUUAUGGCCGGUCUGCCUGGCGUUGUACCUAACUGGAUCGGAGGCUAUUCCCUCCCAUCGGAUGCCUUGGACGUAUUUACUGCCAGCCAGUGUUGCUAUGCUCGUAUUCCACCUAAUGUUCCAGUUCGGCAACAUCAUGACGUACAACAUAUUUGUUUCUUUAGGCCUUAUUACCGCUGUACCUGUAUCUGCAGCAAUAACUAGUAAUAAGUUAAAAUUCGUGAGCCUGAGUCGACUGCUUUUCAGGCGCUGGAGCCGCGCCCGACAGCGGACGCACGGCUCGGGCCGCGGCCGCGACGCCGUGGACUUCCGCACGGGCUACAUCCGCAGCCACUUGCGCUCGCCGUCCGGACGCGUCCGGUGACCGCCCCACCACCCCCACCAGCCCCCCGGCGCCGUCGACCUCGCGCCUGCGUCAGCCUUCUAAAGCUCACAUCGACGCAGACGACCCUCCUCGAAGAAGUGUUGCAAGUCAAUUUUCGGAAAAUAGCUAUACGUGGAAGCGUCGAACUGAGUGCAAACUUUCUACAAAAAGUGGUAUUAAAAAUCUCGAAUGUACAUCAAGGCAAGGCGUUUGCAGAUUUUUUCUUCUCAGGUACAGUAUUUAGAGCUGUUACUAUUACAGAUGGUCAGCGAAACAAGUUCGCUUGGAAACUUAUACGUCUGCCGAAGGAUUGUAACGUAUGCAAGAAAGAACAAAAUGAAAAUGUAAGGCGGGCGCGACGUAAUCGGAAGAAAUGAGAAUACGAAUUCUAACCACCAGCGAAUGUAUAUGAAUCUCGAUCGUGAAAUAAUGGUUAGUGUGUAGAUACAACAUCAACUUUAUGUCUUAUGUUAACUUUUCAAUUUCCGUACUUUCUUGAACUAGUCUCUCUUCGAAUAGUCAUAAUGUUUAAAUCUUCAAAAUUU